AUGAUGCAAAAACAAAAGCCUUAUUUACCAAUUAAUUCAUUUGGUUUAAUAAUUGAUAAAGCAACAACAGAUGGAAUACUUAAUAAUAACGAACAUCUAUCUAGUAUUUCAACUAUGUAUGAACAUGUAUCAAAUUUUCUUUCUUCACAUGGACUUUUUAUUAUUAUUACAAUUAAAACAAUUGAUGAUAAAGAAUGGUUUGAAGAUUGUUUGAUACCAUCUCUUAUUCGAGGUAGUCAAAAUCAACAAACAAAAUUUAUUAUUCAUUUUCAUCGAUGUAUGACAUAUACGGAUGGAACUGAAAAUGGUCCAAAUAUUUUUGUUAUUGUUAAAUACGAUUGUAAAUCGUAUUCAUUACGUUCCUCAACAAAUCGAGUAAAACAAGGAUUAUCUCAAACAGUAACUGUUAAAUGUUACUAG